AAUAACAGUGAAAGAAUUUUUAUAUCAUUUGAAAGGUGAUCAUAUUCAUGUUCAUAUCGAGUUAUGUUUGUGGAGAAAGUGUACAUAAUUGUAGUCAUGUAUAUAGAUUUAUUUUUGUGUAUUUCAUUCUACGGACCGAUUUGGAGUUAUGACGAUGAAAGUGCAUGGCCAGGGGGAUUUUGUAAAAAAGGGGGUAAAAGACAGUCUCCCAUUAAUAUCCAAACGAACAAUGUCAUCAAAGACUUUGAUAGGCAGUUCAUCAAACAUGGCAGUCUCAAGUUUAUCGGUUAUGAGAACGUCCUCUCAUCAGGGCUCAAUAAUGGCCACACAAUUCAGUUUAGUACUGAAGGUUAUACCGACAUGCAUCCAACGAUAACUGGUGGCCCUUUGAAGUAUACAUACCGCCUCGAACAACUACACUUCCAUUGGCUUUCAGAACACUCUAUAGAUGGAGUUAAGUUUCCUAUGGAAAUUCAUUUCGUUCACGUGCGGAAGGAUCUCAAUAUUUCAGAGGCAUUGAAUAAAAGAGAUGGACUGGCAAUACUAGCCGUAUUUUGUAAUGUCCAACCAGAUCUUAACGAGAACCAGCGAGAGGCAUCUGACGAGAUCAUGCAACACAUACCGCUAUUAAUGAGGACUGGACGCAGAUUCAGCGGAGCUAUUUUAAACUUAAGAAAGCUUCUAAGUCCGAAGAAAAAUUCCUACUUCUCUUAUCUCGGAUCUCUCACGUCACCAGAGUGCAACGAAGUGGUUGUCUGGAUUAUUUUUGACAAUCCCAUAUACAUUUCUGAUGAUCUUUACCGCCUUUUCGGUAAGGUCGGCAUCGGUCGUCACAACUUCAGGAGUCAACAGAAGAUAAAGCAUCACCAGGUAUAUCAGCCUCCAGAUGCAUUCAUCACCACACCGAAAGCUGUGAUCGUAGUCAAAGAUGUUUACAAACAUGUUACACAGUUUUUUCAGAACAUUACCAGGCAAGUUCGAUCAACGAGUUAA